UCUCGUCAAUUUAUUCGGCUGUUCAGUUUAAUCUAUUCGUGCUUUUUCGCGACUCCACUCGCUAUCGUUCACUCCGUGCGCAUGCUUACUUUCUUCGACGGUUAGUGCGCAUGCGCGGUUAAUGUCAAGCGCUUGUGACGUGUAGUGCACUCUUCUAACUAAUUUAACAUAAAACUAAGCAUUUAAUUUAACAAAAAUGGCCCUAUCGAAUCUAGAAAAACUCGGAAUAUUAUUUGUUGCAUUUUUUAUUUUUUAUUGCCUUAAAUUCUUGUGGCAUUUCUUGUAUACGUACGCCAUUGGACCUGCAGUGCAUUGUGUUGAUUUCAAGUCCAAAGGGAAAUGGGCACUUGUGACUGGAUGCACUGAUGGAAUCGGAAAAGAAUAUGCUAAAGAGUUAGCCGCCCGUGGAUGUGACAUUGUUCUAGUCAGUCGAUCUCUUGAUAAACUAAAAGCAACAGCUGAAGAAAUUGAGAAAGAAUACAAGGUAGCCACGAAGAUAAUCCAAGCGGACUUUAGCGAGGACGAUAAGAUUUACGAGAACAUUGAGAAGGAAAUUGCUGGCCUGGAAAUCGGUACUUUGGUCAAUAAUGUCGGAGUUUCCUAUACGUAUCCUGAAUAUUUCUUGGACCUGCCAGAGUGGGAUAAGCUCAUCCCAACUCUGAUCAAAGCUAAUGUGGUCGCUGUAACAAAGAUGACACGCAUCGUUUUACCCGAAAUGGUGAAGAGAGAAAAGGGCGUUGUUAUCAAUAUCGGGUCUGCAUCUUCGAUCAUACCGAGUCCGUUGUUGACUGUCUACGCUGCUACUAAGGCAUACGUCGAUAAGUUCUCGGAGGGUCUCGAUAUGGAGUACUCGAAGAAGGGUAUCGUUGUACAAUGUAUCCUACCCGGUUUCGUGUGCUCGAACAUGUCCGGUAUUCGUCGUAGCUCGCUAUUCGCGCCCACGGCCAAGGUCUUCGUCCAAUCGGCGAUCAAGCUCGUCGGCACGACGACCAGGAACACUGGAUACCUGCCCCACGCGGCCUUCGUGAACAUCGUGAACAGCAUCUACGAAACAGCAAACAGCUUCGGCACCUGGCUCGUCGUCAGAUCCAUGGAGAACAGCCGCAGGAAACUACUCAAAAAGUACAAGAGGCAGUAAAAUUUAUCUAUAAAACCCUUCCUAAUCACACAAUUUAAUACAAUAACAGCUGCUUCCAUGUAAAACCAAAGAAGGAAACUUUCGCGUUUUCAAUUUAGAAAAAAAAAACACCCUUUAUUAACAAUUUUCGAUCGCACCUUUCUUCUUUCCUAACUGACUAAACAAAUUUCUGUGGAACCAAAGAUAAGUUAUUUGUAACGUAUUAACAAUAUGCAAGAGAGGAAUUUUGUGCCAUUACGUCCUAUUGAAAAAAAAAUGUUCAAAAGAAACCUAGCACAUACUUAAUGAGCUAUAAUAGUGAUAAAAAAAACACCAAGUAAAUUUUUAUUAAAAUUUCUAUAGUAAAACAAUUUAGUUUUUGAAUUCAUAAUCCUAGCAAUUUACAAUUGAAUAUUUAUCUUUACCGUUCCCUUAGUUUCGUAUAAAAAUAUAUCAUAUGAAAAUAAAAGUGAGCGGUAUGGUAGGUGGUAUAAUUUAAUAAAAAAAAAUAUUGUAUAUACAAAAAUAAAAUCAACAAUAACAAAAUGUAGACAGCUAACAUAAUUCUUGCAUUUACGUGAAGCACGUGUGUAGUAAUUAGUCACUGGGAAUGUAAUUUACUAUUAAGUUGGUUUAAUAAAUUUGGUUUAGAACA